AUGAAGUUCUCUCUCAUCAACCUGCUCGCGGCCGCCAGCUUCGCAACCGCCGAGAACUGCCAACUAGGUAUCAAAUAUUGUGGCUACAACUUGCUCCGCCGAGGUACUAUAUCCCUCCUUUCUCCUCUAUAUUUAAACGCAUACCGCAUGCAGCCUUCCGACGAAGACCAAAUCAAUAACUCAAUCUUCCUAUGCACCUCAGGAAGCACAGGGACCAUCAAGUUCGAGAGUUAUUGCGGUGAGCGCCUUUGCACUGAGUAA